GCCCAGGUGGCCUCGGAGGCUCCUGAUUCGUUCCUGCUCUUUGACGACGAGGAGGAGGGGGCGGAGCCAAUGGACGAUGACGUCAGCAGCGACGAGGAGGAGGAGCUAAUCGAGGUGGAGGUGGGUGGAGCCUACGCGGCCGAGGUGGAGGACGCCUGCGAGGCCCGGAGGGAGAUCGCGGAGCACAGCGGCGCCGCCUUCCUGCCCUACCUGGACGCCAGCCUGGAGGCGGUGACGGGGCUGCUGGCGUUCCCCCAGGCCGACGUCCGCGCCGCCGCCUACCAGGCCCUGGGCAGCCUCUGCCUGGGGGCGGGGCGAGCGCGAGGCCACGCCCCCAAGGAAGGUGAGGCCCCGCCCACCGCCCCGGGACAC